AUGGCCACAAGCAAAUGGAAGAUGCCAACAACCUCGAAAUCGAUGCAACCGAAAUUGAAAAUUUUGAACACGCUUGCCAAAGAAAAGACCGAAUUCAUCCCCGAACGUGCCGACGCGCUGAUCAGGUGGUACUCUUGCGGACCGACAGUCUAUGAUGCAUCGCAUAUGGGCCAUGCAAGAAAUUAUGUGACCAUUGAUAUCAUUCGGCGAAUUAUGACGGACUACUUUGGAUACAACAUCCAGUUUGUAAUGAACAUCACGGAUGUCGAUGAUAAGAUCAUUCUUCGAGCCCGUCAAGAGUUUCUUACAUCCCAACUUUUAUCCCAGCUGUCCGGGGCCGAAAAGCCUGAGCUUGCUCCCAGUGGUAUCGUAAAGCUAGUCGAAAAGGCUGUAGCGCAUUAUCUUUCUUCCCGACUUGCUCUAUCUUCUGAUCAAGUGGAUCUUUCGAAAUUAUCGACGUUUACUUGUUCCGAGUCCAUUCGCUCGUUUUUGCUUUCACACGGAGCGAAAAAUGCUGCUGAAGAGCCUCCUGCAUUUCUUGAGGCUCUUAUUGAUGCCCUUGCGUUUGUCAAAGGAAAAGAACACUCCACCAUCCCCGAAUCUAUUCACGCGCUUUUGGGCUCCUAUUUGGACUCGCAAUAUGGACAUACUCUUUCCGAUCCUAAAAUAUUCAAGGAAUUGCCAGAGUAUUGGGAAAAAGAGUUCUUUGAUGAUAUGGAAGCGUUGAACGUGCUACCGCCCGCUGUGCUUACUCGCGUAAGCGAAUACAUUCCGCAGAUAGUUUCUUGCAUCCAGGAAAUUAUUAACAACGGCUACGGGUAUCAGCUCGAUGGUUCAAUUUACUUUGACACUUUGAAGUUUAACAACUCUCCAAAGCACACAUAUGCAAAGCUGUGCCCACAGUCUGCUGACCGCCAAAAGCUCCUUGAAGAGGGCGAGGGCGCUCUUGGAAAUUUAUCUCACGGCAAGCGUUCCAAUGCCGAUUUUGCGCUCUGGAAGCAUUCGAAAGCAGGAGAGCCUGUAUGGCCAUCUCCCUGGGGGCCCGGUCGCCCCGGAUGGCAUAUUGAAUGCUCGGCAAUGGCCGGAGAUGUGAUCCCUGGUGUUCUUGACAUCCAUUCCGGUGGUGUUGAUCUUGCCUUCCCGCAUCAUGACAAUGAGCUUGCUCAAUCAGAGGUAGUCCAUCGGUACGAUUGUGAGCAAUGGGUUAAUUAUUUCCUGCACACAGGACAUCUUCACAUUGAGGGGCAAAAAAUGUCCAAGAGUUUGAAAAAUUUCAUCACCAUCAAGGAAGCUUUGUCUAGAUGGACCUCUCGUCAAUUGAGAUUAUUUUUCCUCACCCAUACAUGGUCUUCCACUCUUGAUUACAAAGAGACCUCGAUGUUGGAGACUGUUUCUCUUGAAGCUUCAUUUGUUAAUUUUUUUGCACAGGUUGAUGCGGUAAUUAGAGGCCUUGGAGAAGACUCCCAAUUUGUAUCGUUUUUUGGCGAUGAAGAGAAAAGCUUGUCGCAGUCUCUGUUUGCUUGCCAAGAAGCCGUGCAUGCUUCCCUUUGCGACUCGUUUGAUACGCCCUCUGUCUUGAAAUCGCUUAACGCUCUGAUGAGCGAUUGCAGAGUGUACUUGAAAAACAAGGGAGAUGCGUCCGUUUACUCGCAAUUGCUUAGUGAAAUCUCUGCUUAUAUUGAGAAGAUUUUAAAGGCCUUUGGGGUUAGUUUUGCGAACCUUAACGACCAAUGCACCGUGUCGCAGAGCUCCUUAUUUGCCAAAUCUGCACACCUGAUUUCAUCCUUCAGGGAUAAGCUAAGGGCCCUCUCCUUUGAAGCGCUUCAGAAAGGCCAGCAAAUCAGUCCAAAAAUGCUUCUCGAAUUGUGCGAUCAGCUUCGAGACAAUGGUUGCCCCGAUCUUGGCGUUAUUUUGGAGGAUAGGACCACUGAAGGAAGUGGCCAUCUAGCUGCGCUUGUAAAGAUCCUUGACCAGGAUACUUUAAAAAGGAUGAAAGAAGAGAAGGAGCAGAGCAUGCAGGCCUCGCUGCACAAAAAGAAAGAAAUGGCAGCCAUAUCUCAACAGCGCCAGGCACAAAGACAUACCAGAGCACUAAUUUGCCCUUCGGAAAUGUUCAAGGAUCUGUCUUUGUAUUCAAAAUUUGACGAACAGGGAAUCCCUACACAUGAUGCUGCAGGGGAGGAAUUGCCAAAAUCGCGCAUAAAAAAGCUGAUAAAAGAAUAUCAGCAGCAGGAAAAGUUAUUUCGUUCCAAAAAUGAAUGA